UCUCGCUUCUCACUAUAUCUCUCUCUCUCUCUCUAACAUCAUUCUAGGAUUCUGAUACAUACUUUCUUGGAUCUGUAGAACUGCACCAGUCUGCAACUUGUCUCACUCACCUCUCAUGAUUUUCUGUGCUCUUGUUCUAUACAAGAAUUAAUUUUAUCAAGAAUGCGUGCUCCUAGUUCAGUACUCAAGCAACAAUUUCUCAAGAAAUGGAUAAUGGGUCUCCAAGUGUUUGGUUCUGCAAAGCAGAACAUGAGCAUCCUGGAGAGAAAGAAGGCGAUAAGGCUAUCAGCAGACAUUGCUUUAGCUUCUACAAGAGAUGGAAGGACUUGUUGGAGUCGUGCACUCAUUGCCAAUGCUUCAAAAGAAGAUGAUAGUAAAGUCCUUGUUCAGCACCUCUUAGCUCCUGAGAGUGAGAGGCUAAAGAAGGCGUCUAUUGGAUUGGUCAUGGACAACAAGAGGGUUAGAUGCAAAAAAAUCUUAAAGAGGAGUUGCUGCAUAAAGAGAGUAAGAAAAGGUGCGCCUCAAGUUGUUCUUGCUAAAUCAAUCGCUAAAAGGAUGGUAAUGAGAAGAACACAAGUAUUGAAGAGUCUUGUGCCUGGAGGGGAAUUUAUGGAUGAUAUCUCUUUGAUUGAAGAAACCCUAGACUACAUAGUAUCUCUUCGAGCUCAGGUUGAUGUAAUGAGAAAUCUUGCUAAAGCUACAGAAGUAGUCAACGGUAAAUAGGAACAUCAGUGGAAGACUAUAGCUACUUUCUAUAAAUUCUAAAUGUUCUAUUUAUUUUAACUUCUUGUUUUGCUUUUUCCCUUGUAAGACUAUAUAUGAAGAAAAACCCAGAAGCUGCUAAUAUAGGUAGCAAGGCAUAUUGUACAGAAGAACCAUAUUUAAAUCAAUCAAGGCUUUUGUUUCCCUCGUC